AUCCUUGACAUGUCCUCAUUGCCAGAAGCAGAGCAACACCUUCGACCCUUUCCUCUGCAUUUCUCUGCCGAUCCCGCUGCCUCACACACGCCCGCUCUCCGUGACCGUGGUCUAUCGAGGGAAGUGUUCCCACUGCAUGCGCAUUGGAGUAGCCGUGCCUUUGUCCGGAACAGUGGCCCAGCUGAGGGAAGCAGUGGCCAGAGAAACCAAAAUACCUGCCAAACAGAUUGUCCUCACGGAGAUGUAUUACGAUGGCUUCCACCGCUCUUUCUCUGACGUGGACGACCUGGACACGGUGCAAGAGAGCGACUGCAUCUUUGCCUUUGAGACUCCGGAGAUCUUCUGGCCAGAAGGGAUCCAAAGCCAGAGAGGAAUCCAUGCCAACAGCAAUCUGAACCACUUGAAAUACAGCCUCGACCAUGCCAAGUCGCCCACUUAUGCCCAGGCGAGGCUGGAAAGCGGCAGUGCCCGGACAAUGGCGGCAGCGGCUGCCCUGAGCGAUAAGCUGGUCAUCUUGGUGUGUAACAGAGCCUGCAGUGGACAGCAGGGAAAGAGGUUUGGCCAGCCCUUUGUGCUGCAUUUGGAGAAGACCAUCCCUUGGGACCUCCUGCAGAAGGAGAUCUUGGAGAAGAUGCAGUAUUUCCUGCGCCCCUCAGCGUGCAUUCAGGUGUGUCCGUUCAGCUUGCGAGUGGUCAGUGCUGUGGGCAUCACGUACCUCCUACCUCAGGAAGAGCGGCCUCUCUGCCACCUGAUGGUGGAACGAACCUUGAAGUCCUGUGGGACAGGCGGAACCCCCCAUGUGAAGUUGGUGGUCGAAUGGGACAAGGAGACGAAAGACUACCUGUUCGUCAACACGGAGGAGGAGUACAUCCCGGAUGCCGAGAGUGUCCGCCAGCAGAGGGCGCUGCACCAGCAGCCGCAGUCCUGCACCUUAGCCCAGUGUUUCCAGCUCUACACCAAAGAGGAGCAGCUGGCCCCCGAUGACGCCUGGCGCUGCCCGCACUGCAAGCAGCUGCAGCAAGGAAGCAUCAGCCUGAGCCUCUGGACGCUGCCUGACGUGCUGAUCAUUCACUUGAAGCGCUUCCGACAGGAAGGAGACCGGCGCAUGAAGCUCCAGAACAUGGUCCGGUUCCCCCUGACUGGCCUGGACAUGACCCCUCACGUGGUCAAGCGAAGCCAGAGCAGCUGGAGUCUGCCCUCCCACUGGUCCCCCUGGAGGCGCCCCUACGGCCUGGGCAGAGACCCCGAGGACUUCAUCUACGACCUGUAUGCCGUCUGCAACCACCAUGGCACCAUGCAGGGGGGCCAUUAUACAGCCUACUGCAAGAACUCGGUGGAUGGCCUCUGGUACUGCUUCGAUGACAGUGAGGUCCAGCAGCUGGCCGAGAACGAGGUGUGCAAGCCCACUGCCUACAUCCUCUUCUACCAGAGGCGGACGGCCAUCCCCGCCUGGUCAGCCAACAGUUCCGUGGCAGGUUCCACCAGCUCCUCCUUGUGUGAGCACUGGGUGAGUCGGUUGCCGGGCAGCAAACCGCCCAGCGUGACCUCGGCGGCCUCCUCUAGGCGCACCUCCUUAGCUUCCCUCUCGGAGUCGGUGGAGCUGAUGGGGGAGCGGAGUGAGGAUGACGGGGGGUUUUCAACCCGGCCCUUCGUGAGGAGCGUCCAGCGCCAGAACUUGUCUUCCAGAUCCUCAGUGACCAGCCCGUUGGCCACCAACGAAAACGGGAUCCGCCCAUCGUGGUCCCUCUCCGCCAAGCUGCAGAUGCGCUCCAACUCGGCUUCUCCCGUCCACGGCUCCUCUGCCACCCUGGAGAGAAUCGGAGAGUCGGCCGAUGACCGCGUGGCCACUUCCUGCUUUGGCAGCCGGCGGAGUCUCUCCGGCAGCCCGGUGGAGCCCAGGGCAGUGGGAAGCAGCCACCGUGGUCAGCAGGACUCUCGGACACUCGGCAGGGCCCCCCUGGCGGUCAUGGAAGGGGUCCUCAGAGAUGAUGCCCCAGCGUGGAAAGCCCCCGGCAAGACAGCCCUGCAGGUGGACAGAAACGCUCCUCUGGGCCCCUUUGACAACAACAACCAGAUCGCCUUCGUUGACCAGAGCGACUCUGUGGAAAGCUCUCCGGUCAAGGAUGGUCAGAACUUUGGCUGGCCGGCCAAGCCGGAUGCUGGCAGCCCCCUCCAGGCCCCUCCCUCCCAAGAGAGCCUUGGGCCGGGCAGCGGCUUGAAGUUGGGCCGGGCAGCCUUGUCCAGCCAGGAUUCCCUGACAUCUCACCGGUCGGCCGCAUCCCCCCCUUCCUCCAAAGCCUUGCCGAAGGCGCCCCAUUCCCGGAGCAAGCUGGACUCGUGCAGGGCCAGUGGGCGGCCCGGUUCUCCUGCAGCCAGGCCGGGCAAGAAAGACUCUGGUGGGAAGGGUCCCGAGGCUGCCUCGGCCCCCUCUGCGCAGCCGAAGCACCGGCCGGUUUCCUCGCCGUCUUCCUCCUCGGCGGCCAGAAGGAGCUCCUCCGGGGGCUCUGGGCGGGGACACCCCCCCUCGGGCAAGGGCAGGACUUCGGAGCGCGGCCUCAGCAGGGAGGCCUCCAAGCUGAGCAUGGGCUUGGAGAAGAUGGGCGGGGCUACGAGCCCGCGCACCAACUCUCCUCGGCUGGGCCAGGUGCGUGGGGAGGGCAGGGCGCCCGAGAGCAAGCACGUGCGCAGCACCUCCCUGGCCAGCCUGCGCUCUCCCGGCCCCGGGCCCCGGCCCAGCCUGAAGAGGGACAGCAAGUCGGAGGAGAAAGGCUUGUCCUUCUUCAAGUCCGCCCUCCGCCAGAAGGAGACCCGCCGAUCAGCCGACCUGGGCAAGACCACCCUGCUGGCCAAAAAGGUGGCGGGCGGCUCCUGCAAGGCUGUGGGGAAGACCCUCUCGGAGGAGAAGCUUCUGGAGAAGGCGACCCUCCCCAAUGCCAGCGUGGCUGCCAAAGACCCCUUUGUGCCCGCCAAACGCUCCCUGCUGACCGCUUGCAAAUCGCAGUCUUCCCAGCCGGAUGGCAGCCUCAAGUCCCCCGGGGGGGGCAGGCCGGCCAUCAACAAGGCUCUGCCCAAGCUGCCCCCGGGCGUCUCCUCCUCCACCUGCACAUCUUCCGUGUCGCCGUGAUCCGCUGCUGCUCGGCUGCUGCUCCUCAGCUGCCCCAGAGGGGCAGCCGCCUCCUCGUUUCCCAUGGAGGGGGGAACCUCGCUGCUCAGGCCCCUCCCGGUUCUGUCCGCAUGCCAGGUGGCCGUGGGCCCUGGCAGGGCUGCCCAGACCCCCUGCUAGCCCCCCCCCCCCACAGCCUGCCCUCCUGGAGUGCAGGACUACCCGCCGGGUGGUCUUGCCAGGCGGGCUCUCCGGGGGCCGGCCAGGGCAGCUGGUGGCCCAGCUCUGUGAGCUGAGAAGGCCCCCGAAGGAGCCCGGGGCACGAGCGGCUCCCUGGUUCUGCUGUGCUUCCCUGCCUCCUCCCCCCCCCCCCCCGUUGCAAGCUUCGCCAAGGGCAAUAUCUCAGCGCUUACAUUAUUUCUCAGGUAAAUGCUCAGCCAGAACUAGGAGGAACCGAAGACUCUGAGAAAGGUGCCUUCUCUCUCUCUCUCUCUCUCUCCCUCCCUCCCUCUCUCCCCCUCUUCUCACAUUCUUUUCAUCCUGAAAGGUCUCUGUUUGGUGGGGGGUGGGGUGGGGUGUUGCUGUUUUUACGGCCUGUCCCGCCCAGGGCCCCCUUUGUCCCUCCCUGCCCUUCAGGAGAGAGGGAAGGGGAGCCGAGGGCAGGAGGGGGGCUGUCCAAGGGGAGGGGGCCGGGAAGGCAGGGGGUUCGUGCUGUCCCUGGAAGUGGGGCCCAGGGCUUCUGGCAGGAGGGGUGCUCUGCUUUGGGGGGGCCCAAGGCGGUUCGGGUUCUUGCUUCUUCUUCAGCCUCCCAAGUCCCCAUUCUUGCCCCAGCUCUCUCUCUCUCUGGAACCAGGACCGGAUCUUCCUCCCCACAUUUUUCGUCUGGUUUUCCCUGGCGGCAGUCCUGAGCGCUCUGGACUUCCGACCCCCGUCUUGUUCCUUCUUGCUCAGCUAUUCCCAAACACCCUCCGUGUCCGCUGGCUGGGUACGGACGUGCAGAAAGGAAGGAUGCCUUAGAUCCUCUCCUCUUCCGGAUGGCAGCCCCCUCCCCGUGCAACGUAGCAGCCGGAGCUGCUGCUUUCUUGCUGCCUCUGCUUUGCAGGUUCCCCCCCCAGAGGAACGGAGCCCCCAUCCCCUCCGUGGCUGACCCUCUGAGCUCCUCUUUGGCUGCUCUGCAGGGGGGUCGGCCUUGGCCUGGGCAGCUCUCGCAGGAGGCUUUUGACCUGGGCUUCGUGCCCCCUCCUCCGUCUCGGGCUAGAUCUCUAAGCAAGAGUGGUUAAGGAGCCGCUCGCUUGCUACUCCCCCGUGGAAAGCAAGAGGGAGCUCCCUUCCCAUGUUAGAGGAGCUUCCAGGAAGGCCUCUCCUACUCUGCAGGGCUUGGCCCCUUUGGAACAAUCUUAUGCAACUAGCUCCGUCCAAGAACAUUGGGAUCAAAUUCCCAGAAUUCCCAGCCCCCAUGCUGAAUUCCCAAAUCCCAGAAACCCCAGAAUUCCCAGUCCCAUGCCGGCUGCUUCUGUAGAAAUGAGGAUGAACUUCAAUGCUUCAGGUUGGAGAAGAGCAGCUGGCUCCUGGGUGGGGGCAAAGAGUUGCAGGCUGGUCUCUUGUCUAUGUCAAGCACAAC